UCACACAGCACACACGCCUCAUACGUACCAUAGCUUUUUAUUAUCCCUCAGGUACUGCUCAUAUUUGCUGUGUGAAGCUCAACCUGCAGCUUUUCUACACCAGCCCUCAGGGUCCACCUGCCGUCAUGAUUUGAGAAUAUCCCACAGAAUGAUUACCUGGGCUGGUAUUCAGUGAUGUAUGCUGAUGGGAUCAGGUUGGUCCUGUACUUAUACAUCAGGUGAGGAUAUAUCAGAACUGGUCUAUAUACGUUUUUCUUGACUCUUAUGCAUUGCCUGUUUCUAGACCUGAGAUCUUGGAUAAAGACAGCAUUAGUAUCCGGUAUUAAAUUGUAUUGUGCCUAUUUCGCUAUACAUCAGAAUCAGGUGAGUGAUCACAUUACAUGCUCUUGAUCAUACUUCUUUCACACAACCAUUGCAUUGCCAAGACCCCCUGAGGCUAAACUGAACCAAGGCAGAGCAGAACAGUUUUGUAUGUUUUUAUGGAUUUUUUUAAAUGACCAGAACUUUUUAUAGGAAUGGUUUUAUAGUAUAGCUAGGGGCCCAGAGCCAUGAUGACAAUUGUUGCGUUAUACAGUAUAUCUUAUAACAGUGGUCUCAGCCCAUCACUCAAUACUUACCUGGGGAAACUGGUCCAAUAUUCAGCAUCCGGCAACACAAUGAGGAUAGGGGGUAAGUGCCUGAUUGUGGGGUUUCAACUGAUGGAACCCCAACUAAUCACAAGAAAAAACAUCCUAUUUUCCCCAUAUGAGUGUAGUCAGGUGUGCAUGCUGCUGCUUUAUUCAUCUGUAAGGGAUAGCUGGCAAUGCUAUACAGAAGCUUUGAGCAACAAUGCACCUGCUCAACAAGCCAUCCGUUAGACCCUCACCAAACAGACACUCCCAGUGGGUAUAUAUUAUGUUUAAAUCUUGUCCCAACCCCUUUAAGUCAAUUUUAAUUCCCCUGCUUUGCUUGGGUAAUAAUAGGUUCAUGAGUUGUUCCUCAAUAAAAAUGAAAAAAAUAUAAACUUUUAAGCCUAGGUUUGAUUAGUGAUUUCAAACACAGAACAGGUGCAGAUCUUUCCAUUAUAACUUAUUUCUGUGUAGCCCUCACUUCUGGUUUUGGCUCACAAUCACUGAUAAAAAUCAUUGACAAAAUCUGUGAAGUGUGAACUAGGCCUUACCCAAUUUAAUUUAGGUAUGGGAAGCUGCCUUAGUGCAACUGUAGGAUGUUCUCCCACCAAACAUAGACCUCCCGUUGGUCCUAUAUUACUAUUUUAUUUUAUUUUUUCUAAAGAAAGGGACUGUCUAGUUUGCAAAAGAAAAAAAAAAUGAUUGCACAUCCGCUAAGACAUGCUAAUUUUGGUGGUUCCUACUAUCAUGGGAUCAUACUCCUGAGGGUCUCUGUAAUGAGUUGUUACAAGUUGCAAGAAUUAAAUAUUGAGGCUACAUCAUUAUAUUGUCACAAGAAGUCUUUGGCAUGGUCUUCUUUAUAAUAAGAACAAUACUAUUUUUGGAUUUGAUAAUCCUUCCAUCUUGCUUCACAUUAACACAUUAUAACUCUUCUUCCAGGCUUCAGGUACACACAAACUUGAAUUACUUCUGCAGUAAUGGCAAACAAACAUUCUGGAAGAAGGUUUUAUACCAUGUAUCAUGGGACAUCGGUAAAUGCAGCCUACAGUAUCAUCAACAAUGGAUUUCAAGUCUCAUUGAAUGGGAUGUUGGGGAGAGGAGUCUAUAUUAGUAAAGAUGUGAGGAAGGCUUCAAAAUAUCCAGGAGGUCAGGUAGAUAAAGUGGUUUUGAAACUUAGUGUAAGGGUGGGAAAGGUUAAGAAAAUUGACCGUCAAGACCACCCACUGCGGCUCACCUGGCACGAUCAUGGAUAUGACUCUGCUUGGGUGCCUCCAGGAUGUGGCAUGGUGCCUAGUGGCCAGGAAGAAGACUGUGUUUAUGACCCUUGGAGGAUCAAAGUGACUGAUGUUGUGAGGGUCGCACUACAGAACAGCACCACUUCACCACCAAUGACUGGAAGGUUCUAUACCAUGUAUCAUGGGACAUUGGUAAACUCAGCCUACAGUAUCAUCCAACAUGGAUUUCGGGUUUCUGAGGAUGGGAUGUUGGGGAGGGGAGUCUAUGUUAGUAGAGAUAUAGAGAAGGCUUCAAAAUAUCCACUAGGUCAUGGAGAUCAUGAGAAAGUGGUUUUGCAGCUUAAUGUAAGGGUGGGAAAGGUUAAGAGGAUUGACAGUCAAGACCACCCACUGCGGCUCACCUGGCAUGAUAAAGGAUAUGACUCUGCUUGGGUGCCUCCAGGAUGUGGCAUGGUGAAUAGUAACCAGGAAGAGGACUGUAUUUAUGACCCUAGUAGGAUCAAAGUGAUCGAUGUUGUGAAGGGUCCUCCUGAACACGUCCAUUCUUUAAGACAUGAAAUUGGAAACCAAUGA